AAAAUUACCACUUAAAUAAAUAAAAAAAAAUGCCCACUUGUCAUAAUUCCAUUCUUGAAAAAACAAAGUCCAAACCCAACUCACCAAUCACCUUCUCUUUGCUCAAACCUCAUUGAACCAACAACUAAUAGAAUUUAAUUUAAUGCUACAUACAUAUUUCAUAUCACUAUAUCUACUUACUUUAAUGGAUAUAUCCAUAUUGAAGUACUUGACCCGUUUUGCUAAAAUAGAGAUUUUCUUUUAGCUACUAACCACUCCAAUCAUUUCAUGUUGGAUGAAUAACACCUGUAUUGUUUGGUUAGUAAUAUUAAUCCCCUGAAAUCAUUAUGUAUAUGAUCAUAAAUAUAUGUGAAAUUAAACAUACACAGCCCCCUUUAGUGUGUGUGUGUGUGAGAGAGAAAAAGAGAAGAGAGAGAGAGAGAGAGAGAGAGAGAGAGAGGAGCCUUCUCAUAUACUGCAUAGUACUUAAAAACCUGUAUUCUAUUCUGUCCUGUUUCCAACUGUUGAGUUAGUUCCCAUUCUGUACUUAAAUUCUGUUAGUAACAAGACAAAUGAGGUACAUACGGACAGCCAGUUUGAAGAGGCUGUUCUCCCUCCGCCGCCACAGUUUCGACGAAGAAUCCGACUCCGCCGUCGCGCCGCCGCCGCCGCCGCCGGCGGCGCAUUUUCAGAAACCCACAUGGAAAUGCUUCAGCUACGAAGAAAUCUUCGCCGCCACAAAUGGGUUCUCAUCAGACAAUAUGGUCGGAAAAGGAGGGUUCGCAGAGGUGUACAGAGGUUUGCUUGAAGAUGGGCAAACAAUUGCGGUCAAACGAUUGACCAAAACUGCCAACGACGAAAGAAAAGAGAAGGAUUUCUUGACGGAGAUUGGUACACUCGGCCACGUGUCUCACCCGAACGUGACGUCACUUCUUGGGUGCUGUAUUGACAGUGGCCUUUAUCUCAUUUUCCAGUUCUCCUCAAAGGGCAACGUUGCUUCUCUUCUCCAUGAUGAGAAAUUGGGUGCUUUGGAUUGGAAAACAAGGUACAAAAUUGCAGUUGGUACUGCAAAGGGCUUACAUUACUUGCAUAAGAACUGCCCAAGAAGAAUUAUUCACAGAGAUAUCAAAUCUUCUAAUGUUUUACUCACUGCAGAUUUUGAACCCAAGAUAUCAGACUUUGGCUUAGCAAAAUGGCUUCCAUCACAAUGGAGCCAUCACUCGAUUGCUCCAAUCGAAGGAACGUUCGGACACUUGGCGCCGGAGUACUUUAUGCACGGAGUAGUGGACGAAAAAACGGACGUAUUUGCUUUCGGGGUGUUUUUACUCGAGCUUGUUUCUGGAAAAAAACCUGUGGAUAGCUCUCAUCAAAGCUUGCAUAGCUGGGCGAAGCCUAUACUAAACCGAGGAGAUAUAAAAGAAGUGGUUGAUCCGAGAAUCGGAGAGUACUAUGAUGUUGGCCAACUCAAUCGGCUUACAUUUGCAGCCUCACUUUGCAUUCGAGCUUCUCCCGUUUGGCGCCCCACCAUGAGUGAGAUAUUGGAGGUAAUAUCGAUGGAAGACGAAUUAGACAAGGAAAAAUGGAAGAUGCCGGACGAAGAGGAAGAAGAGUUUUGGGGUUUCGAAGAUCUCGAAUGCGAGUACGACGAUGAUGAUGAUGUAACUUCUUCGUUCUCGACUUCCAUUACAAGUUCUUGUAUCGGAAAUACCAAUUCUGCCCUCGUAGUGAAUUGACGUUAUGUAAAUAGUCGAAAAAACAAUUUAGCAUAUGAUAAUACAUAUAAGAAAUUAAAAACAUGUUUGUAUUUGGAGCAAAUGUAGCUAACACUUGGCCAAUUUUGAUCAUUGAAAUUUCGUUUUAACUUCA